UUCCCAGUGCUCCCAGGGAUAUUGUUUUUUCCAAUGUGCAGUCAACAAGUGUGACCUUGAAUUGGAGAUCACCAAAAUCUAUCCUUGGCUACUUCCAAAACUACAAGAUUACCACACAGCUACAGUCCAUCCACUGCAGUGACUGGGAGACUAAGGAAUGUAUUGAAUAUGAGAUGCAUCGAUAUUUAUAUGAAAAUGUGGUGGAUGACUGGAUAGAAGAGACAGUGUAUGGACUUAAAAAAUACAGAUGGUACAGAUUUGCAGUUGCUGCCAGUACGAAUGUUGGUUAUGGCAGUUCUUCACCUUGGAUUUCUACGCAAACACUUCCUGGCUCUCCAGACAGUCCUCCAGCAAAUGUGACUGUAUUGGCUACAUCUCCUCACAGUAUUAAUAUCAGCUGGAGUGAACCUGUCAUCAUUACUGGACCAACAUGCUACCUCAUAGACAUUACCUCAGUAGAUAAUGACAAUUAUAAAGCUCAGUUUCUGAAGACAAAUGAUGAGGGUAAAGUCUUAGAAAUUUCUGAUUUGAAAGCAUUUACAAGGUAUUCUGUAGUAAUCAUUGCCUUUACGGGGGACGUUAAUGCUGCACUCAUUGAAGGCAAGGCUAGUUCUCCAGUAAUUGUCUCUACUUUUGAAGCAGUGCCUGAAGACCCACCUAACAACAUAACAUUUCAGAAGAUACCAGAUGAAGUAACAAAGUUCCAAGUAACAUUUGUGCCACCAUCUGAACCAAAUGGAAAUAUUCAGGUGUAUCAAGCUAUGGUGUACAAUGAAGAUGACCCCGCUGCCAUCCGGAUCCACAAUCUUAGUGUCAUUGAUAAAACAGAUCAGUCAGUCACUGCCAUGAUUGAAGGACUAAAAGGAGGACAUACCUAUAAUGUCAGCGUGUAUGCAAUUAAUGGUGCUGGUGCAGGGCCAAAAAUUCAAUUGAAAAUAACCAUGGAUAUCAAAGAACCACCACGACCUAAAAAGAAACCAGCACCAGUUUAUGAUACCAAUGGGGCGUUACUCGUCACAGCUACAACAAUUACAAUCAGAAUGCCGAUAUGUUAUUACAGUGAUGAUCACGGCCCUAUCAAGAUGAUACAAGUUCUUGUUGUGGAAGCUGGAGCUCAGCAUGAUGGGAAUGUUACUAAGUGGUAUGAUGCCUACUUCAACAGACCAAGGCCAUAUUUUACAAAUGAAGGCUUUCCAAACCCGCCAUGUAUAGAAGGAAAAGAAGAUCUGAGUGGCAAAGAAGAGAUAUACGUCAUAGGUGCUGAUGCUACAUGUAUGAUACCAGGCAGUCAAGACAAAAUAUGUAAUGGCCCACUGAAACCAAGAAAGCAGUACCUAUUUAAGUUCAGAGCAACUAACGUUAAAGGACAGUUUACAGAUUCUGACUAUUCUGACCCUGUCAAAACUUUAGGCGAAGGACUGUCAGGAAGAUCUGUAGAAGUUAUCCUUGCUGUUACUUUGUGUAUACUUUCAGUUGUUCUUUUGGUGGCUGCAGUAUAUGCUUUUGCAAGAAUUCGGCAAAAGCAAAAAGAGGGAGGCACAUACUCCCCACGAGAUGCUGAGAUUAUUGACACUAAGUUUAAACUGGAUCAGUUGAUCACAGUGGCAGACCUGGAGCUGAAGGAUGAGAGAUUUACACGGUUACUUAGUUAUAGAAAAUCCAUCAAGCCAAUAAGCAAGAAAUCCUUCCUACAACAUGUUGAAGAGCUUUGCACAAACAACAACCUAAAGUUUCAGGAAGAAUUUUCGGAACUUCCCAAGUUUCUUGAAGACCUUGCUUCAACUGAUGCUGAUCUGCCUUGGAAUAGGUCUAAGAAUCGUUUCGCAAACAUAAAGCCAUAUAAUAACAAUAGAGUAAAGCUGAUGCCUGACGCUGGUAUUCCUGGAUCUGACUACAUUAAUGCCAGUUACGUGUCUGGUUAUUUAUGUCCAAAUGAAUUUAUUGCAACUCAGGGACCAUUACCAGGAACAGUGGGCGAUUUCUGGAGAAUGGUAUGGGAGACAAGAGCGAAAACACUUGUGAUGCUCACACAAUGUUUUGAAAAAGGACGGAUAAGAUGUCAUCAGUACUGGCCAGAAGAUAAUAAACCAGUGACUGUGUUUGGGGAUAUUGUGAUUACUAAAUUGAUGGAAGAUAUUCAAAUAGACUGGACCAUCAGAGAUCUAAAAAUUGAAAGGCAUGGAGACUGCAUGAUGGUGCGGCAGUGUAACUUUACUUCUUGGCCAGAACAUGGAGUCCCCGAAACUACUGCACCCAUUAUCCACUUUGUAAAACUUAUCCGUGCAAGUCGAGCACAUGAUAAUACACCAAUGGUGGUUCACUGCAGUGCUGGUGUUGGAAGAACAGGUGUUUAUAUUGCACUUGACCAUUUAACCCAACAUGUAAAUGACCAUGAUUUUGUGGAUAUCUAUGGACUUGUAGCUGAGUUAAGAAGUGAAAGAAUGUGUAUGGUCCAGAAUCUGGCACAAUAUAUAUUUUUGCAUCAGUGUGUAUUGGAUCUAUUGACAAGCAAGGGAAGUAGUCAGCCUGUAUGUUUUGUAAAUUAUUCAGCACUGCAGAAGAUGGACUCUCUGGAUGCCAUGGAAGGUGAUGUGGAGCUUGAAUGGGAAGAAACUACCAUGUAA